AUGAUAUCACCUACAAAAUUAGCUCACAGAUCUCCAUUGAAAGCAACUGACGCAAACGCUCACACAAAUACAGAUACGCAUGCUAAUUUGAAGACUAAGAAUGUUGAUAUAACUAGUGCGAUGGAAAACGUAAAGCCUGUUCUUAAAAAAAGGUCAUUGGAAAAACUGGAACAAAUAAACAAUAAUGAUCCUAGAAAAAGACCUAAAAUUGAACGAAAUAGAUCAAUUGAAGGUGCAGUGGUACAUAUUAAUGGAAUCAAUGCAAAGAUAGAUAAAUUUAACGAUCAAACCGAUAAUACUAAUAAUGAUGCUAAUAAAAGUACUAAUAAUGCUAAUAAAAAUACUAAUAGUAAGCAAAAUAAAGUAUCGUUGAAUGAAUUACUGGAAUGGCAAAAUAAUUGGAAAAAAAUUAUGAAAAGGGAAUCAAAAAUAUAUUUCGACACCACUGAUGAUACUGAUAUUAGUAAAUACAUGAAAAUUAAAUUGGAGAAAAAGAGAGAUUUAUUGAGGAAAGGGUUUGCAUUCUUAGGAGCUCAAAUUACACAAUUUUUUGAUACUAGUGUUACGAUAGUCAUUACAAGAAGAUCGACUGAAAAAAUAUAUCUAUUACAAGAUACUGAUGUGUUGUCAAGAGCCAAGAAAAAUUAUAUGAAAGUUUGGAAUUAUGAAAAAUCAACUAGAUUCUUGAAAAACUUAGACGUACAUCUAGAUCAACUUGAAAAAUCAAAAAACAGUUUGUUGCAUACAACAACAUCGCUAUCUAAUUUAUUACAAAAUGAAAAAUUAUACGGUCCAUCAGAUAGAGAUCCAAGAACAAAAAGAGAUGAUGUUCAUUAUUUUAAACAUUCAUAUAUUUACAUGUAUGAUCUAUGGCAGACAUGGGCACCUAUACUAACAUUAGAAUGGAAACCUCAAGAAUUAGCAGAUAUUAAUAACCUUCCGUAUCCAACUUUAAAAUAUGGUACUUUCGGAAGAUGCCCAUUCAUUGGGGAUGGUGCAUGUGACGAAAUGUCCUAUAAGCGUGUAGUGAAAAGGUACACGCGUGAUAAAUCAAAUAAAUCAUAUGCAUUAAGAUUAAGACAGUUAUAUCAGUAUCAUGCUGAACCAAAUGCUGAUAAAACCCAGUUCGUGGUUAUCCCACAUAUUUGCUUAGACUCUAAACAGUGUUACGAUAAAUGGCAACAGCUUUUGACAGUCUCAUAUUCCAAGAAUGAUAUUGAACAAAAGGCUGGGGAAGAUUUAAAACAGUUAACUGAUCAUUCUCAUACAAAUACAGCAGAUCAAUUGGUUGAAGAAGAUACUACAAAAGGAACGCCUACUGUUAAUGAGAUAGAAACCGAAAAAAAGAAUGAAGAUCGUGAAGAUUCUAAAGUGACUAGCUUACUUCCUGAUAAAGAUGAAAAUGAAGAUUAUAUUACGCAGGCAAAUGAACCUGGUGAAACAAAUUGGAAAGAGCCUUUACAACUUCCAGACAGAAAAAGUUUAAGUACCCUUUCACUUAACCAUCAGAAGCUAUUAGGCACAUUAACUAGACAAGAAACUGAAGAAUUUCCAAACGAUCUAUGUAAUUCAAAAGUUGUUAAUAGAUUUCCACAAGAGAUUAGAGCAAGUGGUGUUCAUCAGUCUAAUGACGUGGCUACCUCAUUUGGAAAUGGUCUUGGGCCAACAAAAUCUAGUGUCAUGAGCAAAAACUUGAAAUCAUUAAGUAGAUUUGUCGUCGAUCGUAAACUUGGAGUUAAAUCAAAUACGAACAACCAAUUUGUGUCAACUAACAAGGUACAUGAGAAUACAGGAGCUUCCAAUACAAAUCCAAAUUUAGAUGAAGAAAAGAAUAAUCAAAAGUUACAAAAUAAUCAAAAGUCACAAAAUAAUCAGAAUGAUAAUGACGAAGCAUCCACAGCAAGUAAAGCGUUAACCAAAAAAACUGCAACAACAAAAAUACAACAACAGCAUCAACAACAACAAACUAAAGAACCUGCAAUUAUGAAAAAUUCUGGAUAUUGUGAAAACUGUCGUGUUAAAUACGAAAGAUUAGAUAUGCAUAUUAAUUCAGAAAGACAUCAAUCAUUUGCUCAAAAUGAAAUGAAUUUUGAAUCCAUUGAUAGCUUGAUCUCCAAAUUACAUUUUCAAUUCUAA